AUGGAGUCGCGUGGAGCCAAGGAGGCUCGCUUGGUGGCUAAACGCGAGGCCCGAGAGAGGGCAACUAGCGAGCGCCAAAGGAUUGAAGCGGUUCAUCGCGAGUGUUCGGAGAGUUUGCGCCGGGAUGAGAAGGAACGUGUGAUGCGCAUGAGGCGGGUAGAUAGCAUCAUUGUGGCUAACUCGGAGAGCAUGAACAACCUGUCCUGCAUGAUGACCACCACUGCCACCAACGCUGGUGGCGAUCAGGCUACGACAGAAGGCGAGCCGAAGCACAGUCGGACUGCCGCCGUUCUCAGUCAAAACGGGUUGUCCAACGAUCACCCGAAGUUCACCUCCAUUCUCCUACAGCCCCUCAUUGGCGGGAGAAGCCGAUUUUCCGGUCAUCCUGUAGUGUCCACCGCUGCUUCGUCCACCCACGCUGGUGAUGUCUCCUCGGGGGCUAGGCUUCCAGGUCUAACUGGUUGGCUGUGCGUGUACGGCGAUUGUAUUGUUUUUGGUCUUGUAGUGGGCCCCGGUGCGGUUUUGGAAACCGCACCAGAGCCGGCGAUUAACACUGCGAAGGCUCGACCGAAAUAA